GCUGCCUGCUAGUAUCGCUGCGUCCCGCGCCGCCGCCGGUCCGUGUCAUGGCGUCUUAAACAACUGUCAAAUCGAACGAAUUCAAACAUUUAAAACCAAAGUUAAGUGUUAACGAACAAAAUGUGGCCAGUGACAGUUUACGUGGUUUGUGCCCUAAUGGCGACAGCUCUAGCUCAGACGACGGAGAGCCCGUCGGACUUCACGCCAGUGGUGACGGCGACGUGCAAGACCGGCGUCAUGUCCAUCCGGAUCAACUUCAACGUGCCCUUCAACGGCGUCGCGCACGCCAGGGAGUUCAGGACGCCGGCGUGCAUGGCUCAGGGCAACGGCAGCGAGGCGCUCAGCUACGACAUCAACCUGAUGGCCGCGCAGGGCUCCAGUGACUACUGCGGGGUCUUCUGGAACAAUCGAACGGACGAGAGAUCUCUGCCGCUGGCCGUGCGAGUGCACCGGACCCUCGAGCUGGCAGACGACAAGUUCUAUGUCAUCACGUGCGGGAAGGCUGGCUUCAGGAAUGCUAAGAACGAAACGUCCCUCGUUUCGUUGCGCGUCCUCAACGAACACAACAAGAAGGUGCUGAACGCGGCGUACGGGCUGCCGUACACGCUGCGCGCAGAGAUGAGCAAGAUCGACGGAACGCACGGCAUCAAAAUGAAGAAUUGCUUCGCGUUCAACAUGAGGAAUAACACGGCGGACCUACUCGACGGCAGAGGGUGUCCGGUGAAGGAGCAGUCGGUGGUGGUGCACCACUCGCCGGGCGUGGCGGACCUGGUCAUCGCCUCCAUGUUCCGCUUCCCGGACUCCUCGCAGGUCAACUUCCAGUGCGACAUCGCUAUUUGUAAAGGAACGUGUCCCAUAUUCGACUGCUCUGAGCCUGGCAUCCCGGCGGGAGACACCACGGGCGAGGAGGGCAUCGUCACCACCUCCACCGGGGUCUUCGUGCUCGACCCGAACGAUAACUUAGUGGCAGCGCUAUCCUGCUCGGAGGGCGGCAUCCACCCGGUGUGGCUGCUGUACCUGGCCAUCGCGCUCGGCGUCAUGUUCGUGGUCAUGCUGCUCGUCAACUGCUUCCUCUGCACCGCCAUGACCUGCUCCUGCGCACGGACUGACGUGAUAGAAAAGGACCCGUCGGUGGUGGAAGACUACGACCCAUACCGCAGCUGGCACGGCAGUCAGUAUGGCAGCCGGUACCCUUCUUCUACUAUACACUCUGCGAGGUCCGUAUCAGAUAACAGCGACCACUACGCCAUAGUGCAGUCGCGACCCGGCAGCCGGCACUCUGGCAUGCAUCGCAGCAGACACUAGGUGCCUUCGACCUUCUAGUACAGUUACAAUUUACGAAAACUAUAAAAGUUUGCGUUUUCUCGUAUACAUAUAGAUAUAUUGUAAUAUUUGUACAAUAAAUAAAUAUACAAGGUGGCACCUCUAGCGGAACUUUUGAGAGAUAAUGUAUGCAAAUGACGGAGGAACACGUAUACUUUUUCGUUUUUGUAGUGAAACCAUUUUGUUCGAAGUACUAUAUAAUAAUUGUUUGUUACCAACUACCAGAAGGAAACAUUCAACAUAGGUACAUACUCUUAUGAAACAAUAACUGUAUGUAUACUUAGCAAGUUACCUACCUAAAGUGUAGUGGAGUGUCACAUACCUUUAUUAAAUCAAACAUGUGCCAUCUACCUAUUGUACCUAAAACUGUAAACUUGUUUAGCAUUAUUUAAAAAUAUAUAGGUACCUAAUUGGUGAAUUUAAUAUUUGCAACGAAUCCGUCCAUUGCUUUGGUUAUGAUUAGAUAAUUAAAAUAAUUAUUAUAAAUACAUUAACGUAAUAAUCUAGGUUUGUAUUUAUGUAGCAUAUUAAUUAGGAACUCUUUAUAUUAUGAAAUAAAUAAAGAUUCAACCACCAUCAAUAAAUAUAAAUUGCAUAUUGGUGGAUAAGUUAGUGCAGAUUUCUCGUUAUUUAGAUUUCAGAAAUGUUUCACGUUUUUAAACGCAAUAUUUACAAAUAAGAGUACAUUCACAACGAAUUAUUAGGUAUAUUAUAGUUGAGCAUUUUUGCGGCAUUAUAUCCUUUUGUUAUAUGACCCAAAUGCGGAAUAGCUAUACAUUUCAUAAAAGUUUAUUUAUGCUAUUUCUGCUGCACAACAAGAAUAAUUUUCUUAACUUACUCAUAGGUAAUUGGGAAUGGUUGGAAUUGUAAUAAAUCCUAUUUAUUUAAGUAGGUACCUACCCAAGCAUAAAAUGUGUUCUAAAAAAUCAUUCCAAGGGAAUUCAGCCAGGGAAUACAAAUUAAACAUACCUAAUACAUAAUAAUUAUGAUAUUUAGCCAUCAGUUUCUGACCUAUUAUGCGCUUAUCAAAUGUAGUAAAUAAGUUAAAUUAACUACUUAGUAUUAAAAAACCAUGGAAUACCACAUCAACACUGUGAAUAUAACUAUUAGCCUAGUAUGUAAGUUAUAAAUACAUGUUUAUUUUUGUAUAAAAGUAACGUUUUGGUGUUUGUGUGUGAUUUUGGAAUUAAGGUACUAUACUUAAGUAUUUUGUAGUAAAUUAAAUAAUACACUUAGGUACCUAGUGAAUGAACAUAAUUUUUAGAUCUUUAAAUAAAUAUGUAAUGUAUGCACUUAAAGCUCGUUUUAUAACGAGUGCUCAAAUGUAGGUUGAUGAUUGUACUUAUAUGAAUCUACGUGCUACAGCUUUUAGUCAUGCGAUUAUUAAAAAUAAACUGACAAAUGUUAUUUAACAGACUGUGUACUUAAUAAAAAAAACUUAACAGA